UCAGCAGUGUGGUUUUGAUUUCAAAAAAGACAUCAGUGUGAAUUCUAGAGAAUUGGUUUUCUUGCUUCUGUCUUCUUAUGGUGCAACACUCAGUGAAGUUGACUUGGAAAUAUAUGAUCUCAUGUUUGAAAUUGAGUCUGCUAGUGAAUCAAAUUCUGGAAGCAUUGCUGAGAUGGAUUACCUUUGGAGAGCUGCUACUAUAAAAGUAAGAAAAGAACGAGAACAGGAGCAGGAUCUGUCAUCUGUUAAUAUGAAUGAUGUUGAAGCAGUUGAAGAACGCCGAAGAAGUCAAUUUAGGGAAAACCUCCCUGUUGACCCCAAAGUGUGUGCAACUACUAUGCUACAUUUUUCUUAUGAUAGAACUGUAAGUGAGGGAACUUUAUUCUUGUCCAAGUAUCGGCAUGAUAAUUCUGAGACACCUUAUGCAAAUGUUGAGAAAAUACGAAUAUAUGAUCCUGUUUUCAUAUUGCACUUCUCAAUUCAUAGUCUGUCAAUGGGUUACAUUGAGCCUAUGGAGUUUGCUAGUUUAGGGUUGCUCGCAAUUGCAUUCGUUAGCAUAUCUUCACCACAUGAUGAGAUGAGGAAAUUGGGUUAUGAGGCUCUUGGAAGAUUCAAGACUGCAUUAGAGAGGUGUCAAAAGAGGGAGGGUUUAGUGCGACUUCGGCUUUUGUUGACGUAUUUGCAAAAUGGUAUAGAAGAUCCUUGGCAGAGGAUUCCUUCUAUCAUUGCUAUGUUUGUUGCAGAGGCUUCUUUCAUAUUACUGGACUCUUCACCUGAUCAUUAUUUAACCAUAAGUAACUUUUUGUUGCGCUCUCCGAGGGUGAAUGUGAAGUGUAUACCAUUAUUUGAAACUUUUUUUUGGAGCAACACUGUGAAGUUUAGGACACUCAGACUUUGGAUACUUCGUCUCUUGUAUGCUGGGCUAAAUUCAGAUGAUGAUGCUCAAAUAUAUAUCAGGAACAAAUAUAUAUCAGCAUUGUGA